CUCUUCAUUUUUCCACUCAACUAUCUCUCCUAUAGUCCCAUAGGUUUAUCAGUACAAAUAGAAACAGUCAAGAGUUCGUGCAACUAAUUUAAAAUUUCUUUCCUUUGCAACAUACAUUUAUAAUACUAAUUUAAUGUGAUGCAUAUAUAUGUUUGCUUCAUAGGUAUUUGUAUUGUGACCAAAGUACAAACAGAAAGCACUGUUGAUAAUAACAAUGAGCAGAAACCUAGUACCACAGUGUUGAAACUGAGAAUAAUACUACCAUGGCUGCUGCUUUGCCUUCAACUAUGGCCUCCUCAGGCCUAUUGCCAUGCGGGUCUUUGCUAGAAUCAUUGGUUCAUAUAUCCAAUGAAGUUGCUUCCAUGGAAAAGCUUCCUUGUGUACAGGUUAGAAAUAUAUCAGCCAUGAUAAGAAGGACCAAACUUCUUUAUUCAUUGUUUGAAGAGAUUCAAGACACAAAUGGCUCAAUUCCACCUCCUUCAAUCCUAUGUCUCACUGAGCUUUUCUGCGUGAUUCAAAGAGUAAAGGCUUUGAUCCAAGAGUGCAAGGAUGGAAGCUGUGUCUGGGGGCUUAUACAGACAGAGUUUGUUUCAAAUCAAUUUUAUGUGCUAGUGAAGGAGAUGGGGAGGGCACUUGAUAUUCUACCUCUAAGCUUGCUUGAUUUAUCAGCAGAUACUAGAGAGCAAGUUGAGCUCCUUCACAAGCAGGUGAAGAGGGUAGAUUCUUACGUUAACCCUCGAGAACUUCAAAGAAGAGAAGUGUUGCUACAAAUAAUGGCCAGUGAGAAGAAUAGCAAUCGCAAGAACAAGGGCUUCAUUGACUUUGGAAUAGUGAAAGAGAUUUUGAGCUGCAUUGGCUUGAGAAAUCCAUUUGACUAUGAAGAAGAAAUUUUAAAACUAGAGCUUGAAGCCAAGAAACAAGCAGGAACGGGUGGACUAAUCGUGGUAUCCAAUAUAAACAAUCUCAUCUCUCUCAUUUCGUUUUCCAAAUCUGUGAUUUUCAAUGAUAAACAAAGUGAGAGAACAAAAGAAGACUGUAUGCAACAGUCUGCAUUCAUAAGUAGGAAUCAUGAUUAUUCUUCAUCUUCUCAGUCUUCUGUUGUUCCUAAUAUUCCCGAUGAGUUUCGUUGCCCGAUUACACUAGACUUGAUGAGAGACCCUGUGAUCGUAGCAUCAGGGCACACUUAUGAUAGACAUUCGAUUGCACGGUGGAUCAAUUCAGGGCAUUACACCUGCCCAAAAAGUGGGCAAAAGCUACUCCACAUGGCCCUCAUACCCAACUAUGCAUUGAAGAGUCUGAUACACCAGUGGUGCCAGGACAACAAUGUUUCAUUGAAUGAAGGUAAGGCAUCAUCUUUCUCAGACUCGGAGAGUGGAAACAGCAAAGGAAAACAAAGUGAGAAUGCUGUUGAUCAUAUUUCUGCUACAAAAGCAGUUGCUGAUGCUGUCAAAAUGACAGCAGAGUUUCUCGUGGGGAAACUAGCAACUGGCUCAGUAGAAAUCCAGAGGCAGGCAGCAUAUGAGCUUCACUUACUUGCGAAAACUGGCAUGGACAAUCGCAGGAUGAUUGCUGACGCAGGAGCUAUUCCAUUUCUGGUGACACUACUAUGUUCCCAUGAUCCAAGAAUUCAAGAAAAUGCUGUCACUGCCAUGCUCAACCUUUCCCUCUACCAAAAUAACAAGAUACUAAUAAUGGCUGCUGGAGCAAUUGACAACAUAGUUUAUGUGUUACAAUCAGGGAAGACUAUGGAGUCAAGAGAAAAUGCUGCUGCUGCUAUUUUCAGCCUGUCAAUGAUAGAUGAAUGCAAGGUGACAAUUGGUGCUCGACCUAGAGCGAUUCCUGCCUUAGUUGGGCUUCUGAGAGAUGGCUCUCCAGCUGGAAAAAGAGAUGCUGCAACAGCACUCUUUAAUCUCGCAGUUUAUAACGCUAACAAAAUCAGUGUUGUGGUUACUGGCGCGGUCCCUGUGCUAAUUGACUCGCUGAUGGAUGACAAAGCGGGCAUAACAGAUGAUGCAUUGGCGGUACUUGCUCUACUUUUGGGUUGCUCUCAAGGGCUGGAGGAGAUAAGGAAGAGUAGAGUUCUGGUGCCUCUUCUUACUGACCUGCUAAGAUUUGGGUCUUACAAAGGGAAGGAGAAUUCAAUAACUCUUCUAUUGGGACUUUGCAAAGAUGGAGGAGAGGAGGUAGCAAGAUGUCUGCUAAUAAUCCCAAGAAGUGUUCCUUCUCUUCGGAGUUUGGCUGCCGAAGGGUCCCCAAAAGCUCGGAGAAAGGCGGAUGCACUGCUUAGAUUACUCAGCAGGUGUUGCUCUCAGUCUCACAAUCCUGUUGGAUUGUUAGUAUAAGAAUACUACAGAAAGAGUCAUGUACAUUUGUGGGAAUCAUAUAAAUGAGUGUUUAAUUUUGUAUGGUGUCUUAUUUGAUACUGUAAUUGAUAUUCUCAAAGACAAUACUUAGUCACAUGGAUGUUUCAUCUGUUCAAAAACAUCUCAGGCUGGAUUGCUCUAAAAAAUUUUACAUUUGAGCCUGAAGAACAAUUUUUUUCCUUCAAGGAUACAGUAAACAGCAACCCUGCUGUUGACUCCCUGGUCUUUAUAGCUAAGCGGCCCUUGUAUCCAUUUUUCUU